CCCUGUUCACAGCGUUACUUGAUAAGGAGAGGGCAUAGCUGCCGGAGGAGCGAAAAUUAGACCGGACGCAACGGUGGCCACCGUAGGAGAGCGUAACGUUCGCUUCUCUUCUCCAAUCUCAGUCUCCAGAUCUCUCUCUCCUCACUUCUUACGGCUUCACCUCAGCUGCUUCCAAACAAGCUAGCCCCCGUUGAACCGUGAUCUUGCUUCACUGCAGCCAUGAUUUCGUCCAGCAGGAUCAAAUCGGUCGAUUUUUACAGGAAAAUCCCGAGGGAUUUGACAGAGGCCUCACUGUCUGGUGCGGGAUUAUCGAUAAUAGCAGCCCUUUCUAUGAUGUUUUUAUUUGGAAUGGAGUUGAGUAAUUAUUUAACAGUCAGCACUUCUACUUCUGUUAUUGUUGACAAGAGUUCCGAUGGGGAUUUUUUACGUAUUGAUUUUAACAUCAGGUUAUGAGUGUCAUUUCUGUUUGAUGUGAGUGGCUUAAAACGUUGUCUGUUUCAUUCAUAUAAUAUAUAACUGUAUACUGAGGAAUGCGUUAUAGAUAGAGUGGCUUAAAACCUUGUAAUGACCAGAUGGUUAUUUGUGAUUCUUGUACUUUGACAUUUGCCCUAUGCAAGCUUAACGUAAAAUGGACAGCAUCUUUCACUAAGGACCAAACUAUGUUCCAAAAUUGCAAUGUACUUGACUGACAGCAGGGAAAUGAGACCACACCUGUGUUUCGGUGCUCUUGGUUCCUCCAUUCUUCAUUUGAAACUUGGUGCUUUGGGGGGUCUUUUAAUAUAGAUAAUUUUGAAAA